GGGGAUUACUUGAUCAUUCAUGCCUGAAUUGUUCCGGCAAUCUGGUUUUGGGUUAAGAAGUGACUAGAUCUGUGAAACCUUGGACUAUAGGAGAAGCCUUCCUAAAAAGGUCAGCCGAAAGGAAUAAUGCGUUGUGGGAAGAAUGUGGAGCCAUUUGAUUUUUGAAGGCGGUGCAGGUACAGACAACGCGCUUCUACGGACGGUAAUUUUAAGGGUGGAGAAGUCUUCUGAGAUGAUUCCGGUGCUGGUCUCCUCCAUGAUGGCGAACUCAGCUUGCUGUAGUAUCCAGUCAAUUGCUUGGCCCUCGGACUUGUGGCAUGUUUCCCCAGAAAGCUGGAAAGUAGUAGUGGCGCAAGCCGCGAGCAUUCGGAUGUGCCGUCCUCAGCCGUCUAUUUUUAUGUGGCGGUCCUUGGUGAAUCUUUUGGGCGGCGGUGCAGAUGUACUUGGAUCUGUUGGGAUUUGUUCGAGGGGUCAAGUAUGGAGUCAGGAAAAGGCUAAGGACUCCAAGUGCUAAGGUGUUUGAAGCUGUUGCAUCAUACAUCGAUGUAAAAGAAUACAGCAGAAAAAGCCGAACACAUGUUAACAAGUUGGAAACGAGUGAAAAUAUAACUUUGUGUAAAAAGGUGUCAAAGAGUGCAGUUGCUAAGAGCGAACAACCAAACCUUACCAGGCGAAAUCAGAUAAAUGAACAGAACCCGGAAAGUGGAACAAAUAUAAAUCCCAAAGGAGCUUCAGUGACAACUACAAGAUUGAUAAAUAGAAUCUGGGGAGAGUAUUACUCAAAUUUUGUAUCCAGGGAGUCAAAGAGGGAUAACGGUCCUGCCACAAGAAAAAGGAAGGCUUGUAGAGAUAAAACUGAGGGUGAAAAGGACGUUAAAAUAUCAAAACAGAAAAAAUAUGGUUCAGAUGAUAUGUGGAUGCCUUAUUGCCCAUUUCGUAAAAAACGGUCAGGUUGUAGAAGAAAGACAAGAUGGGAUGGAGAAGCAAUUGGGGUGACUUCUAACGGAAGUGCUCUUUAUGAAGGAGUUUUUAUUAGUGGGAGUUUAGUUUCAAUAGGUUCCGUCGUUCUAGUGGAAAAAACUCAUUUAAAUAGAGACUCCAGCAUUUGUUUCGUGGAAUACAUGUUUGAAGCAUCUAAUGAGAGGAAGAUUGUCCAUGGAAGAGUGAUGGUUGGAGGAUUUGAAACAGUUCUAGGAAACAAUGCUAAUAAGAGAGAACUGUGCCUGACAAAUGACUGUAUUGACUUUGAACCUUCUGAAGUGAUAGAGUCUUUAGUUGUGAAAAUGAAACAGACGCCAUGGGGAUAUCAACACCGCAAGGAUAAUGAAGAUAAUGAUAUAGAUGAGAGAGAAAGAGCAGAGGAGAGAAGAAUGAAAGGAUUGGCCACUGAAUAUUUCUGCAGGACUUUGUAUUGUCCUGAAAAAGGCGCUUUUUUUAGCUUGAAAACUGGUUUGAUGGGACUUGGUAGUGGGUAUUGCCACUCUUGUAAUGCAAGGGUAUCGCAUGAAAAGAACGACUUCACGGUAUGUACAUCUAUGAAAAGCUUCACAUAUCAGGGAGUUCAGUACAAUGUUCUAGACUUUCUCUAUUUGAGUCCUCAGUAUCUUAUGGAGAAUCAGGAGGGCAAGAAAACCGUCCUAAACGGCCAACACCAGAAACCCAAAGCAUAUGUAGUAUGCCAACUAUUGGGACUGGAGGUCUCUUGCUCACUCAAACAAUCUAGCCCUGAAUCAGUAAAAAUCAAGGUUCAAAGGUUUUUCAGACCUGAGGACAUAUCUGCACAGAAUGCAUAUGUCUCUGACAUCCAAGAGAUAUACUACAGCAAAAAGAUUGAAUCAGUACCAGUCAUGGCAGUGGAAGGAAGAUGUGAAGUCAGGAAAAAGGAAGAUUUUGAAUUUAUGGAUUCCCCUUAUAUAUAUGAGCAUACCUUCUUUUGUCAGUUUAUAUAUGACGUUGAAAAUCAAUCCCUAGAACUGUUACCAUCCCAUUUCAAGUUAAGCUCUUCAAAAGGGAGUUUAGGUCAAAAAGCUGCUGGCAGAAAGACAAAAAAGAAACAAAUGAUCACGAAAGGGGGUUCAGCCAAAACUACUAAUGGUGGUAAGGAAAAGACUGCAAUAAAUGCUUUAACUACCCUGGACAUAUUUGCAGGUUGCGGUGGCCUAUCGGAAGGUCUAGAAAAGUCAGGUGUGUCGGUCACAAAAUGGGCAAUAGAGUCUGAAGAAACAGCAGCUGAAUCUUUUAAGCUCAAUCAUCCGGAUGCCAUUACAAUUGUUAACGAUUGCAACAUGGUUCUUAGGGAUAUCAUGAUGGCAAAUGGGGAUGCGAAUGACUGUAUUCCAACAUCUGAGGUACACUCCUUGGCAUCAAAACACGAUAACAAGGAAAUCAAACAUAUGCCACGGCCAGGAGAAGUAGAUUUGAUCAUUGGUGGACCUCCUUGUCAGGGGUUUUCUUUGUUGAACAGGCACAAUAAGAGUUCAACAAGUGAUGUUCGACGCACAAUGAUCUUGUCGCUUUUAUCCUUUGUGGAUUACUUUAGGCCUAGGUUUUUGCUCAUUGAAAACGUGAGGAAUCUAGUGUGUUUCGACAAAAUGAAGCCGUUUCAGCUAACUAUAGCUUCACUUCUUGAAAUGGGUUAUCAGGUAAGGUUUGGAGUCCUGGAAGCGGGAUUCUAUGGUGUGGCACAGUCGCGGAGACGUGUUUUUAUAUGGGCUGCCUCGCCUGAGGAGACCCUUCCUGAAUGGCCAGAGCCAAUGCAUGUUUUCCCAGGUCCAGACCUGAGGAUCAAGUUAGAUUUAAAUGGAGAUUCCUAUUAUACUGCUGUCUGUAGCACAAAAGCCGGCGCCCCUUUUCGUUGCCUCACUGUUAGGGACACUAUUGGAGAUCUGCCAGCUUUGGCAAAUGGGGAUUCUGCGACAACUAUGGAGUACAAAGGUAAUCCUGUUUCGUGGUUCCAAAAAAGGGUUAGAAGAAAUAUGACAGUGCUGACAGAUCACGUUUCCAGGAAAUUGAGCGAACUAAAUCUGAUUCACUGCUAUUACCUCCCUACUGGUGCUGAUUGGAGAGACCUUCCCAAAAAGAAGGUUGAGCUGUCAAGCGGGAAGUUUGUUGAUUUAAAACCCCAGUGGUUGCUUAAGAUGCAAAGCAAAGGUAGUCAUUCUAAAGGUGUACUGGGAAGGUUAGAAUGGGAAAAAAACUUCCCUACUGCUAUUACCUGUCCGCAACCAAGAGGCAAGGUUGGGAGAUGGUUUCAUCCCGCGCAGGAUAGGCUGAUUUCUGUCCGCGAAUAUGCUCGAGCUCAGGGAUUUCCAGACUCGUAUAAGUUUGCCGGAACCAUUAGGAACAAAUACCAACAGGUGGGCAAUGCUGUGCCGCCACCUCUGGCAUUUGCACUAGGGAGGAUGCUCAGAGAGGCAAUCGGAGCAAAUCCUUGAAUGUAUUAGCACAAACCAUUACUUGUAAUUUUUUAUCUUUUGAUGUUAAGGUACUAAUUAAAUGUCUUAUGGCUGAUAAAACACUAACUUAUAUACUAUUGUUGACAGUGGAAAUUUUGUAAUAGGUUUUUUUAUGUUUUAGAAAGUGUAUUACACCUGUUUAGCUAUUUAUAAAACAUAUUUU